AUGGAUGCUGGUGGUACAAUAGAACCGAAUCAAGUAGUAGAAGGCAUAACAACACUCUUCAAUCCACAAACCUAUCAUCUAUUUCCAACUGGUGCAGCUGAACUAAUGAAACCUCAUCUACCUGACUGUUUAGCCUUUAUAUCAGAUAUUCAUACCAUGCACAAAGUUAAACAAUCUCAGAAGUCAGCCGUUCAACUGAACAGCCUUGGAUGUGGUCUUGGCUCCUCAUCUGCAAUGACUGGUUCUGGUGUAUGUGGAGGUGGUAAUAAUGACUCCAACACACUAGGAAAUAGUGGAGGGGCCUCCGGAGGUACUGGUACUGGUCUCUUCGGUGGAACGUUUAAUCCCUCCGGAGCGUCUAAUUCUGGACCUGGGGCUACGGGAACUAGCUCUGGCGUUGGAUUAGGGGCAGGUAUCCCAAGUUUACAUGAAGAUGUCUUAGGAGCACACUUGAAAUCAGGCCUAGCUCAGUAUGUCUCAUUGGAAUUAUCAAGAUCUAACAGCGGAGGCGAUCAAGAUGUCUUACCUCUGCUUGCACCUGGAUUAUUAUCUGAUAUAAAGACUAUACGAACUAAUAAAACUGCAGCACCUGGGUUACCUUCCCGAUCAAAGACGUCCACUAAUGUAAUAGGAUCAAAUGUCGCUUCAGCUGGAACAUCCGGGAAGAAUGUAAGCUUAUUGACAGAAAGUGGACAUAUUACUAGUUCCGAGCAUACAACUACACAAGUAAAAACUAGUAAGACCAGUGGAUUAAUUACCAAACAAAGUGACACUCAUCCAGAUCCAGCAAUUAUAGUUAUUACCCAACCGGAUGCAGCUACUCCAACCAUUUGUAAAUCCAGUGAUACAGAUCACCCUCGUUUAACAGCAUCGGCCUCGACACCAUCAGGCAAAGGACUAGAUGGUAGCACUCCCAAACUACUGGCCCCUUCGCUUUCUAGUCCACCACUAGGAAGUUCAUCUGAUCAAAUUUCUUCUACCACUGCUUCAGCAUGCACAUUAAAUUCAACGUCACCAAAUUCUAUUUCUCCUACAACAUCUACCACUCCUAUAGUACCUAGUCCCAAUCUGACUAGUCCUCGUCAACCAACCUAUGCACAUGUUAUGUUAGCUCCACCACUUUUGCAUACAAGUCAUGCUGAAGCACCUAUACUACAAUAUUUACCAUGGUUAAAGUCUACUCCACCGUCGUCUCAAUUAGGACCAAAAGAUUUUCUCAUCAUGGUUGAAAGAGUUCGUACAUUGUCUUGGCUAUUACUCGGUGCAACAAUGAAUAUGGCAUUAACACGUGAAGCGACCGGUUUAUCUUGUCGUCCUAUACCAUUCAGCUUAGUUGUUUCAGUAGCAGAUUUAGUCAAGGCUUUAUUAAGUGGAUUUCCUGACCAACAGAAACAAUCUGUUACUGUGAUGUCUUCAUUGUAUCAUGUGUUUCUACUGUGUCAAGUAUGGACUAUUUAUUGUGAAACAGUUGCCAGUCUCUCACCAGUGAAUUCAAAUCAACAUAAAGCUGCUAUGGCUACAGCAUUUGAUUUUUGGAUAAGAAUAAUGCCAACUGUUUUACGCAUAUUAUCUAUUUCUGAAGAUUUUGUAAUUGUUAGCGGUCGCCUGUUAACUGUGAUUGAAGAGCUUAUUGAAUGUCAAUCAUCUUUGGUUUCAAAGCUGUUUACUUUAUGGAUACCUCUUCUUCAUGGAAGGCAUAGACAGCUACCUGGUAACAUGCUUAAACGUCUACAAAAAUGUAUAGAAUGGGAACCUCCUGAGCCAUAUAAUCGAUUGCUGCUGUUGUUGUCUAUACCUGAUCCACUGAUUAACAAUCGUUUUCUAUCAGGAACAACAAUGGGUCAUUAUGAAAAUCCAUCGUCUACAAAUAUUAUUGGGACAGGAAGUACAUUCCCAUCAUCAAGUAAUGAAAAAGCAUUAAUCCAUCCAACUAAUUCCUCCUUACCAGGAUGGACUGAAAGUUCUUUAUUAGCUUGUCAGUGUAAUUCCUUAAUGGGAUGUAAUUUAAUUUCAAAAUCAUUGAAAGAAUGUCUCACAGAAGGUGUUAAUCUAACUGGUAAUGCACAAUGCAUUGGACAUGCAUUAGCUCCAAGUGCACCUUAUGCUAAUGAUGGAACAUCUGAUGGUAUUGGAUUAGAAGCUGGUGCUAUGGGUUCAGAUCUACUGACGAGUCGUUUAGUUGCAUGGUUAAAAAAGCAUAUAUUUGUACUAGGACGUAAUGAAGACCAACACUCUACAGCUACACAUAUUUUCGUUCAUUAA